AUGAAGACUUUAGUGGAAUUUACCUGUAUGAUGGAUUUGUUAAGUAACAUCUUCAUAUGCAGAACAAAAAACGCCAAUAUACAACACAUUCUGAAAGAGAUAAAGAAUUUUCUUCUUGCUUCCAACGACUAUGAAAGGAUUGUUCUGCAAAAGUACAUAAAUCGUUACGCCUUCAUGUUCAUAUCUGUUAUAAUAUGCUAUAUCAUCACAAUAACCACCUUUUGUUGCACCCCGGCAUUUACUUCGAGAAAAUUUCCUUCUGAAGGAUUGUAUCCUUUUCCCACUGAAUCGCCAUUUGUAAUAUUUAUCAUCUAUACCAUGCAAGUCUGCGCUAUUGUACAAUGUGGACUUAGUUGCGGUAGUAUGGAUUUCUUGUUUGCCGCAUUCUUCUUGUAUUCAUCUGCCAGAUUAGAGAUGUUAUGUUUAGAAAUACAAGUUACAAAAAAUGAAAAAGAAAUAAAUUCAUGUAUUAAGAAACAUCAGAAAAUAAUCAAGUAA